CAUGCAAGCAUGUUUCUGUAGAAGUAGUUGUAACUCAUUACAAGAAAUUUUGUUGCCUCCAACGUUACUGGAACGUUUAGGGAUCGAAAUAGGCUCUCCAGGAAAGAUAAUUUUUAAUAGCGUUGAAUUUUUAGGAACUUUAUGGUCCAGAGAAGAUUCUGCUAGUGUCAUAUGCAUUCAUGAUUUGGUUAGAAAAUCAACAAACGUUCAUAAACUAUUGACUACACCGGAUGAAACUCCCAUACAAGAGAGUAAUCUUACAGUUUUAAAGUCAGUGAAGAUCACUAAAAUAUCUGUACGAGUUGUUUUCAAAACGAUCGAAGAUGUUCUACCUUACAUCUCGGUGGUAGGGAAACAAACGUUAGCUACUAGAGUACGAGGCAUUUUAUCAGAUAUUUAUAUCAGUGCUGGCUAUACCAUUAAAGCUGCGGAAUUGAAAAUAAGCAGUUUACUAAGUAUUCAAUUUAUAGAUAUUUUGACGUGUAAUGCAAAGUCUGAGGAAUCUGGGAUUAUAACCCAAAAAACCAAUAUACUUAUUGACAGUAUUAUAUCAGAAGAUCAAUACUUGCAAUUGAGUAAAACCAAAACUAAGAUAGGAGGCUUAAAGACCGAACGUUAUUUAUUAGAAGAUCUUGUAAGGCUUUGCAAGGAACGAGAUAACUUUUUGCCUAAAACUGUUCUUCUAAAAGGUCCAAACGGCUGUGGAAAAACAAUGUUAGUAGAAGAGGUUGCUAAAAGUUCCAAGAGUCAAUUGAUUAAUACUUUAGCAUCUUACUUGAUUGGAUCGCAUCCUGGGGAAACAGAGGAGAAUAUUUGUGAAAUUUUUCAAAGAUCUUUAAAAUAUAGUGAAUACACUGUUUGCAUUUUAUUAAUUGAAGACAUAGAUUGUUUAUUAAUUGCUAGAGACAGUCAGAGUAGAAGAUUUGUUUCAUUGAUUGAUAGUCUAAUGGAAAAAAUUAGGCUAACAUCUAAUAUACUAUGUAUUUGCACUACGUCGAAGGCAAAUGAAUUGGUCUAUCUACCAAAGUUCGAUAAAGAGAUUUUGAUUGGAAUUCCUAGAUUGGAGGAGAGAAUAUCAAUUAUACAAUCAAUAUCGGAAAGUAAAGGAAUACAUAUGAAUUCAGAUUUACAAUACUGGCUAGCCGAAAGAACUAAUGGAUAUUCUGGUGCAGAUAUUCAGAGUAUAUUAAACAGCUCUAUAACCAAAGGAAGUUUGCAAGAGGCUCUCAAUCGUUCAACACCAACAAGUCAAAAAGGUUCUGAUGUUCUAACAGAUUCAAGACCAAUAAGUUGGAGUCAAAUUGGAGGUUUACAAGAAAUAAAGGAAUCACUACAACAAAUUAUUGAAUGGCCUAUUAAAUUUAGAGACCGUUUUAGAAAUUUUGGUGUAAAACCACCAGGGGGAAUCCUUUUAUAUGGUCCUCCUGGCUGUGCAAAGACGCUCUUAGUUCGUGCAGCAGCAACCUCAGCAAAUGUUACAUUUUUAUCUCUUUCAGCCGCCCAGUUAUAUUCACCAUUUGUUGGAGAUUCUGAGAAAAAAUUAAGCGAGGUAUUUCACCAAGCUCGAGCAGGAGCACCCACCAUUUUGUUUAUAGAUGAAAUAGACGCCAUAGUUGGAAGUCGAGAUGCUGGUUCCAAGCAGAGCGCUCACGAAAGAGUUCUUUCAACAUUAUUAAACGAAUUAGACGGUAUUGGUAUGAAGAGAGAGCAAAUUCAACGUUCGGAGGAAUCAAAUUCAUUAGAAAGAAGCGUUAUUUUGGUGGCUGCUACUAACAGACCGAAUAAAGUUGAUAAAGCACUGUUAAGACCUGGUAGAUUUGAUCGACUAUUAUACGUACCACCUCCAGACUAUGAAGCUAGAAAGUCUAUUUUGGAAAUUCAUACGAAGAAAAUGAAUUGUGAAAAUGUAAAUAUAGAAUUCUUGGCAGGUAUGACGGAACUUUGUACUGGGGCCGAUCUAGAAAAUCUAUGUCUAGAGGCAGCUCUAAUGUGUUUAACUAAAGAAGGAUCCGACGCCGAUAAAGUUACUUUGGAAUAUUUUGAGAAAGCCCUGGAAAAUGCUAGACGGUCGCUGACACCAAAAGACAUCGAGUUCUAUAAGAACCUCGGACAGGCAGACAAGUGGGCCUCUUUUUAA